AUGUCUCACUCACACGACGGAGCUCACGCCCACUCCCACUCUCACGAUGCCGUGGACCACGGACACACCCAUGAGAUUCUGGACGGACCUGGCUCCUUCUUGGGCCGUGAAAUGCCCAUCGUGGAAGGUCGUGACUUCAGCGAAAGAGCCUUCACAGUCGGUAUUGGUGGUCCCGUCGGUUCUGGAAAGACUGCUUUGAUGCUGGCUCUCUGUCUUGCUCUCCGCGAGAAAUACAACAUCGCCGCUGUGACUAACGACAUCUUCACCCGCGAGGACUGCGAGUUUCUGACCAGACACAAAGCUCUACCUGCCGAACGUAUCCGCGCUAUCGAGACUGGAGGUUGUCCUCAUGCUGCCGUGCGUGAAGACAUUUCUGCAAAUUUGGCUGCUUUGACGGAUCUGCAUCGCGAGUUUAACACACAACUGCUGCUCAUCGAGUCUGGCGGUGACAACUUGGCUGCGAACUACAGUCGUGAGCUUGCAGACUUUAUCAUCUAUGUCAUCGAUGUUUCUGGAGGCGACAAGAUUCCUCGCAAGGGUGGUCCGGGAAUCACGCAGUCUGAUCUGCUUAUUGUCAACAAGACCGAUCUGGCUGAAUUGAUCGGUGCUGAUCUCGGAGUUAUGGACAGAGACGCCAGAAAAAUUAGGUGUGUUUUGCUGAGCCUUUGUGAGUAUGACAUUACUGACAACGUAUACAGAGAGGGUGGUCCUACUAUCUUCGCACAGGUCAAGAAUGGCAAGGGUGUGGAUCACAUCGUGGAUUUGAUCUUGAGUGCUUGGAGAAGCAGCGGUGCAAGCCAGGCAAAUCCCCAAUAG